AUGGAGGCUUCCAUGUCCUUAUCAGUAGUUCCGGUCUCUCCUAGAUCCAAAUGCGAGUCCAGAAGCGUCGUCCUUGACCAUUCUAAGUCCGGUGUUAUCAACCUCAUUCCCGGGAGGAACAGAACCAAUUACGUGACCAGAAAUCGCCGGUUAACAGCCAGAGUCUCUGCUGUUACUUCGGACCCUGCUCAGGUGGAUCUCACCUGGCAAAUUGUUAUUGGCGCUUUAGCUGGUGUUACGCCUUUUGUGGUUGCAGGGAUUGAGUUCAGCAAGAGAAUAGUGGCACAGAGAAGAUGUGAAGUAUGUGGAGGAUCAGGACUUGUUCUGAGGGACAAGAAGUAUUUUUUCCGAUGCCCAAGUUGUGGUGGAUUUCUACCAUGGCAGUCAUGGAAAAGAUUCUUCAUUGGUUGA